AUGGUUUGGGUGAAAAAGAAGAAAGUGGCGAAAACAAUAUCGACAACAACAGCAACAGCUCGUUGCUUCACAACACUUAUCCUUCAACUGUGCAUAUUAUUGACCAUAUCUGUGGGUACCAUUUAUUUUCAUCACAUUAAAGAAUCUGAUUUCAAGCCAAAUCGUUACUACACGUGUACCGCUGAAAAUACCAAGCUUAGAGAUUACAAAUUCGGUAAUCAGUUUCGCCUCGAUGUCACCAAAAAUCGUCGACGAGCAUUGACUUCGCCGAUACCUCCCAGCGAACAGUAUGUAAAUCAGAGCUCUCCGAUUGCAUUGGAAGGUAACGCGCAUAAGCUUCAUUGCUUCUUCAGUGGAUAUCCGGAACCAAAACCUGUAUGGCGAUUCAACGGUGUUGACAUUCGGGAAGGUGAUUCACGUUACACUUAUGAAGCAUAUGGAAAAACAUUGGUUUUCAAUGUUAGCGCGGAAACAGAAGGCGUAUAUGAGUGCAUUUUCAAUGCUCAUCCGAAUUUGGAUCGCAGAUUCGACGUUGUCGUUGAAGCUGCACCUUAUUGGGUGACAGGUCCACCGCCAAACAAACGAACAAGCGAAGGAGAGAACGUAACCUUUGAUUGUAGUGCCAAUGGGAAGCCGGCUCCUGUGAUUUCAUUUUUCAAAAAUGGCGUUGAGAUGAAACCAAGAGAUGGUGAUGUCAAUAGAAAUUGGGAAAUAACAGGAAGCAUUCUCUCAUUAAGAAAUGUUAAAAAAGGUGUUGCCGGCAGCGGUGACAAUGCUGUUUACCAGUGCAAAGCAGAAAACAAGCACGGAUAUUUAUGGGCCAAUUUCUACCUCAAUCUUCUUGCUUUCAAGCCAGAACUUCUUUCUGACCCGGGUGAAAUUGAAGCUGUAGUUGGUCAAAAUGUAACAUUGGCAUGCAAAUUCUUUGCUUCACCAAACGUUAAUAUUACAUGGGAAAGCGCUGUGUUGCACGGUGUGCGACAUAACGUUGUACCAGCGGAUGCUGAUGGAGAAGGAAAACUCAUUAUUGAUGCCGUCGGUCGAGAUGCGGAAGGUGAAUACACAUGUAUUGGGACGAACAAACAUGGCACAAAUAAGGGAACAGCACAUUUAAUUAUACGCGAAGCUACUCGAUUAGAACCAUUCGAAAGGCCUUUAGAAAAGGUUUUGGCUGGUCAACGACUCGAAUUGCCAUGCACGGCAGAACAUGACGAAAAUCUUGAAGUUACAUACGAAUGGCUUGUUAAUGGAAAGCCAUUAUUCGAGCAAUACAUCCAAUCUGGUCAUUAUCUCAUUACCGACAAAAAUUCACUGAUUAUUACAAAUCCGGCAAGAUAUGAUGCUGCCAAUUAUACGUGCGUCGCUAAGACCGCGUUGGAUUCAGCGGAGAAGUCAGUUCAAGUCGGAGUCGAUGAUGUUCCAAAUCCAGUUCAUAUGGCAUUCCUUACAAAAUGUGACGAUACUGCCCAAAUAGCGUCCAUCAGUUUUGAAUACAUGGAAGAUAUUGAUUUCAGUGCUCCAAUAAAAGAAAUCUGGGCACAGUAUCAAAUCGAUGAAGAAACCGAUGGUGUGGUUUGGCAAACACACCCUCAUCCUGCUUUGGCUGAUUCCUUGCAAACAAUAGAUGAUAACCAACGUACGGUAAAAGGUACAAUCGACGUAUCACUUCGGCCAUUCGGCAAGUAUCGUUUUCGCGUAUUUGGUCGCAAUGAUUUUGGUGACGGAGCGCCAACAAAUGUAAAUGGUGGCUGUAUAACACCGGCUCGAGUACCUGACAGGAAUCCAGAAGGUGUUUCUGCGUCUGGAACACGACCAGAAAAUUUAAUUGUUUUUUGGAAGCCAAUGUCAAGAGAAGAUUGGAAUGGACGCAAUUUCCAUUAUAUUAUUCGAUAUCGACCCGCUGGAUCGGAUGCUGAAUGGAAGGAAGAUAUAGUAGAGGAUCCAUACAGUGAUCGCCAUACUAUUGAACUAGCAGUCGAAGAGCCGUUCCGACCAUAUGAAGUCCAGGUUCGUGCUGCAAAUGAGAAUGGUGCAUCUAAUGUUUCACCGCAGUCAGUAGAAGGAAGAACAGGUGAAGGUGAUCCCGGUUUUACACCAACUGGAUUCAAAGUUGUCGCGACGGAUUCAACAUCAGCAAUUUUUGAAUGGGAUCGAGUCGAUCCACAACAAGUGCAGGGAAAUUUCACUGGAAUAAAGAUUAUUUAUUGGCCUGAAGAAGAUGAGGGUGAGAACGACGAAGGUGAAUUGGAAAAGGAGGAUAUUUCACGGUUAAAGAGACAUUCAAAGUUGAGGCGAUCGAGGCGUGAAGUUUCAACUUCACAAACGAGUAUGUAUGGUAACAAACGCACCGCCAUCGUUGCACCGGAUAAAAAUAGUGCUACAAUAUUUGGUCUACGACCGAACAGUGUUAAUUAUGCACAAAUUGCGGUGAUGAAUGGGCAAAAUGAUGGCACGCCGUCUGAUCCGAUUUCAUUCCGGACGAAAGAAGGAGUCCCAACUCCGGUUCGAAAUUUGGAGGCAUACCCUAUGAAUGCGCGUGAUGAGCAGGAAAGUGCUGUUGUUACUCUACGAUGGGAUCAGCCACGACAUGACAACGGUGAUUUAACUGAGUAUUCGGUUGAAAUAUGCGCUGUAAAUGCAGAUGGUACUAUGGAACAAAGAGGAAGCUGUCCAAUUAGAAAAACGAAACCUGAAGAACGGUUCCUGAGGAUAUCGAAUUUGGAAAAAGACAGUAAAUAUCGAUUUAUCGUUUAUGGAAAUACAAAUGCUGGUCGAGGCGAUCCAAAUUCAAGGGAUGUUAGAACCUUACCUGAGAAUGUAAAAUUGUCUCUUGAGCCAGAACAGCCACAUUUGGAGGAAAGUGGUGUUGGUGAUGAUUUUAUCAAUAUAACAUUGACACCGGGUGAAUUUAACAAAAAUGAAGGACGGCCAAUUGGUAGUGAUUUGUAUGUCAAAUAUCGAAAAGCUGGCAGUGAUGAAUGGAAAAUUGCGGAACCAAAAGGUGAUGAUCUCAAUGUUCACAUUGACGAUUUGGAGCCUGGAACGAAAUACGAUGUGAUUGUUAUCUCAAAGCAACGCGAUGAGUCUGGAAAUAUCAGGGAAACGGAAUCAACUGUCUCACAUAUCAGUACCACUGGAAGUGCACCAUAUAGUGCACGAAUUUGGUGGUUAAUUACCAUUUUACUGGUAAUUCUCCUAUUGUUCAUUAUUCUCUGCAUUGUAUGCAUGGCAGCUCGGCAACGUGGCGCAAAAUAUCCUGUGUCGGAGAAGGAAAGGCAACAAGGCAGGCAGCCGAUAUUUCCUGGCAUUAAAGAGAGAGGAUUUGGUGAAUAUAUUAAACCAGAAGAUGAUGAGAAACGGUCAUUAACGGGCAGCAAAGCAGAGUCAGAAACCGAUUCAAUGGCGGAGUAUGGUGACACAGAUCCUGGACGGUUUACGGAAGACGGUUCUUUUAUAGGACAAUAUGUUCCGAACAAAACAUUAGUGAGUACCAUAAACGACAAACCUGGCAGGGAUUGUGCUUCGACGUUUGUUUGA